GGCUCCUCUCCUCUCUCAACCCCUAAAUCCCCUUCGUUUCAAUCCAUGCCCCCCCAAAAAUCCCACCUUUUUCUCUUUGCGUCCUUCGAAUCGUCGCCGAAGGAGGCUAAUCACGACCUCUCACUCCCUCUCCGCUUCCUCCGACCCAAUUUCCUCUAAUUACGGCGGCUGGGACGAUCUGGAGCUACUUGGUGGAUCUAAUAGGUUGGGAGAACUCGAUCCGCUACGGAGCUUCUUGGUUUCCCUUGGGAUUGAUGAUAGGAAACACGCUUUCCUCUUCCUUUUUGGUUUUCUUUCAGCUUUGGCGGUUUCUAGGGUCAGGGUUUCGUCGAUGGCUGUUUUGCCGGUCUCCGUCGCGGUUUUCGUGGUUGGGUUUUCGGCUGGAGUGGCUCAGUCAAUCAUGGGAAACGGUUCAAUUAGAAACGUUGAAAGGAAUGGAGUUGAUUUUAGGGUUUCUGAUGAGAAGAUGAGGGAUUUGGGUGCUGUUUUUGAUAAAUUGGAGGUUAAAAUAUCUGAUUUGGAAAAUGGAUUGGAAGGAGGUGUUGGUUCAAAUCAGUUAGAGAGGAGCAAGAUUAAAACUUUUCUUGACAAUAUCGAGCAUAUAAGAGCGACAAUUGGGCACGGCCAGAGAACGGUGGAGGCUUUAUCUGCAGGUGAUGUUUCAGACGGGCAUAUGGCUUUUGAUCGGGAAGGAGGUAGGAAAUUGAAUCAGAAGUCGAUUCGGAAAAGAAAGGAACUGGGAUCAAUUGCUCUCGAUCUUGUCCAGUAUUUUGGAAGCUUGUUUCAAGAAAACAUAAUUGGGAUGAGAUCCCCAAAAGGAAAGGACUCUACUACCAUUAAGGGAGAACUCAAAGAGCAGGUGGCUUCUCCAGUGGAAGACAAUACAAUUCCAAAUGCAAUGAGAGCAUCUAACGUUAAUGAGAAAGGUUCGAAUACAUUGCCAAGUAAAAGUCCGGACAACGGUAAAGUAGAAGGAUCUGAAGUCUUGUUUGGAAGUACUCAAGGAAAUGUUGCAGAGAAGGCUAGGAAUGUUAAGAUGGUAACUGACCAUAGUGAGGCAGUACAGAUUGGAAAGAAACCUAGUCAUUCUAGAGAUGGUAGAUAUAAUAAUCAUAUUCUUUCAUAUGAUGAAGAGCUUGAUGGUUUGAAUGCAAGCUUGCACUUUACAUCCAAGCAAGGAAGUUACCAGAAAAUGAUAUUCAAUCAUAAUUAUGGUCGGGUAAUGCAAAAUGGCAUGCAGAAUUUUGCUGAUAAUCGUACCAGUCAUGGAACAACAAAAAGCAUGGAUUUCUUCACAGAAUCUGAGACAUCAUCACUUUUAGAACAAACCUUUGAGAUACAUGAUAAGUUGUACUCAAAUUCUCUUGGAAGUAAUAGCAACAAGGUGAGAGUUGAGAAGACCGGUCCCCAUGGUUCUAAAGAAGCAGAUGUGAAAUUUGAAGACCCAUCUGUUCAACAAUCAGUACAUCAUAAUGGUAUGGAAGAAGGCAACAUGUCGUCAUCCUCAAUGCAUUCCAGUGAUGAUGAAUUUAAUCAAAAUGUGAAGGAGGCAUCGGAGCUUCUAAAACAGGCAAGGGAAUGUAUGAUGAAUCGAGCUGAUGAAGCAAGAGCAGAUGCUAUACUGUACAAAACUGCAAGAUUGCUUUCCACAGCUGUAGCUCUAAAGCCGAUGAGCUUGCUAGCUGUAGGUCAGUUAGGAAAUGCCUAUCUUCUUCAUGGAGAGCUUAAGCUGAAGAUCAGUCGGGAGCUGAGAAUUCUCUUAUCAAGAAGUGAUACCAUAUUGAGUGGAAAAGGACGUAGUUUCUGGUUUAAGAAAUUGGAUACUCGCGUUCUAAGCAGAGAAAAUGUUGCAUCUGCCCUCACUAAUGUGUGUGAAGAAUGUGAAGAACUCUUUGUUGAGGCAGGAAGAAACUAUAGAGUGGCCUUGUCUAUAGAUGGGAAUGAUGUCAGAACCCUUUAUAAUUGGGGUCUCGCUCUAUCCUUCCGCGCUCAGUUGAUUGCAGAUAUUGGACCAGAUGCGGCUCUUGAUGCUGACAAGGUGUACAUGGCAGCAAUCGAUAAGUUUGAUGCUAUGAUGUCCAGAAGUAAUGCUUAUGCACCAAAUGCUCUGUAUAGAUGGGGAAUGGCACUGCAGAACCGAUCUCAUUUGCGUCCACAUAAUAGCAAAGAGAGGAUGAAACUGCUGCAACAGGCGAAGAGUCUGUUUGAAGAUGUCCUUCGUGUGGAAUCAGAUAACAAACUGGUAAGAGAGGCUCUGUCUUCAUGUAUAUCAGAGCUCAAAUACAAGGGGCAAUGAUAAUCACUGGCUUAAGUGCUUAAGGAAGAUAAGGUCCAAUUCCAUCUGAUUCAUAUGAUUGCUCGCAUCUGGAACUUCCAAGAGGGUCCAGCAAUUCUUGUCUAGCCACAUUUUUGUCAUCCAUUGGUAUAUAUGGCUGCUUGAUGAAAAAUACAGUUGUUAUCAACUCUGAUACUCAAAUGCAAGUCAGAAACCAACAGGUUUUACAUUCCAGGCCUUCUGUGCUUGAUGCACAUCCCUGCCAGGUGGAGUCCUAAAAUAAUGCCUGUUGAAGUAUGAGAAUCUUUCUGCAAGCAGUGGGGCGGCUGAUUUUUUUCCUCUUAGCUUUCCCAGUGAACAGCAUGGUUGAUCUCUAGGCUCCUCUUGUAUUAUUUAAACAUGUCUCAUGUAUAUCAGAAAGAUGGAUAUUGUACUGACCAAAUAAACAAAGAAGAUAAAAGCUUCGACUCUAAAAACUAGAUUUUUUUUGAAGCUAAAAAGAGAAUAUACUGCUUGUGAAAUUAUUAGCAUUUAAUAAAAUCUGUAUUUGCUCAUCA